GAAGACAAACGUAUAGGAAGCAGCUAUUUCGCUCUAAAAUUUCGUUCAUUUUGUGAAUAAUCGUUGCCGGUUCAAGACAUUUUAAUUAUUGCAACCCAACGAGUUUAUUUUCUGGACGAGUAAUCUAGCGGCAUCGCUGAUUGUUUUACAUCAAUCGUCAUUUUAAUGAAGGCCGCCAUGUUGGUUUGAAGCAAAAGUGCAUGGCUGUUAGCGCAUUCACAAGAUCUACAAAUAAGUCAAGAUGUAUUUGUACAACUUGACUCUGCAGAGAGCCACCGGCAUCACCCAUGCGGUCCACGGAAAUUUUUCCGGCACCAAGCUCCAGGAGAUUCUCGUCUCGCGAGGGAAAUCCCUGGAGCUUCUGAGGCCGGAUCCAAACACCGGGAAAGUCCACACGCUCCUGGCUGUUGAAGUUUUCGGUAUAAUAAGAUCUCUUAUGGCCUUCAGGCUCACUGGAGGUACCAAAGACUACAUUGUCGUUGGUUCAGACUCUGGGAGAAUUGUUAUUCUUGAGUAUUUGCCGGCUAAAAAUGUAUUUGAGAAGGUUCAUCAAGAGACUUUUGGUAAAAGUGGGUGUAGAAGAAUUGUACCUGGUCAAUAUUUGGCUAUUGACCCUAAAGGACGUGCUGUUAUGAUUGGUGCAAUUGAAAAGCAGAAGCUUGUGUAUAUUUUAAACAGAGAUCCAGAAGCCCGUCUGACGAUAUCAUCGCCCCUGGAGGCUCACAAAAGUAAUACUUUAGUUUAUCACACUGUCGGUGUGGACGUCGGGUUUGAAAACCCGAUGUUCGCAUGUCUCGAGAUUGAUUACGAGGAAGCAGACAGCGAUCCCAGUGGUGAAGCCGCGGUUAAAACGCAACAAACUCUGACGCUGUAUGAGCUCGAUCUUGGUCUAAAUCACGUCGUGCGGAAGUACAGUGAGCCGCUAGAAGAGCACGCGAACUUCCUUAUAUCUGUGCCUGGAGGAAAUGACGGUCCCAGUGGAGUUCUCAUUUGCUCGGAGAAUUAUUUAACGUACAAAAAUCUUGGCGACCAGCAUGACAUUCGUUGCCCGAUCCCGAGACGGCGAAACGACUUGGAUGAUCCUGAGCGGGGAAUGAUAUUCGUCUGUUCAGCCACUCAUAAAACCAAGAACAUGUUCUUCUUCCUGGCACAAACGGAACAAGGAGAUAUAUUUAAAAUUACACUUGAGACUGAUGAGGACAUGGUCACCGAAAUAAAACUCAAAUAUUUCGAUACCGUUCCUGUUGCGACGAGUAUGUGUGUACUGAAGACUGGAUUUCUGUUUGUCGCUUCGGAGUUUGGUAAUCACUAUUUAUACCAAAUCGCACAUCUUGGUGAUGACGAUGACGAGCCAGAGUUCAGCUCUGCCAUGCCCCUUGAAGAAGGAGACACGUUCUUCUUUGCACCCCGGCCACUUCGGAACUUAGUCUUGGUCGAUGAGAUGGACAGUCUGUCCCCAAUCAUGGCCUGCCAGGUCGCGGAUUUGGCAAACGAGGAUACGCCGCAACUGUACAUCGCCUGCGGCAGAGGUCCAAGAUCGACUCUAAGAGUUCUGCGUCACGGUCUCGAGGUUUCGGAAAUGGCUGUCAGUGAGCUUCCGGGUAAUCCGAAUGCGGUCUGGACAGUAAAAAGAAGAAUCGACGAAGAAUAUGAUGCGUACAUCAUUGUGUCAUUCGUCAAUGCAACUCUUGUCCUUAGUAUUGGAGAGACUGUUGAAGAAGUUACUGAUUCGGGUUUCCUCGGUACAACUCCAACCCUCAGUUGUUCUGCCUUAGGGGAGGAUGCACUUGUACAGGUAUAUCCCGAUGGAAUUCGUCACAUACGUGCCGAUAAACGUGUCAAUGAGUGGAAAGCUCCGGGUAAAAAGACUAUUGUUAAAUGCGCAGUAAACCAACGGCAAGUCGUCAUUGCACUUACUGGAGGGGAAUUGGUCUACUUUGAGAUGGAUCCGACGGGACAAUUGAACGAGUACACGGAGAGAAAAAAAAUGCCGUCAGAAGUGAUGUGCAUGGCUCUCGGAAAUGUCGCAGCUGGUGAACAAAGAUCCUGGUUUCUAGCUGUUGGCUUACAAGACAAUACCGUGAGGAUAAUUUCCUUGGAUCCAUCUGAUUGUUUAGCGCCAAGGAGUAUGCAAGCUCUUCCUGCAGCAGCCGAAAGUCUUUGUAUUGUGGAAAUGGGCGUGUCAAAGGACGUUGACAAUUCAGAUGAUAAUGCCAUUCAGCAUCAGACCAGUUUGUACCUCAAUAUUGGUUUACAAAAUGGAGUACUACUUAGAACAGUUCUAGAUCCAAUUUCCGGUGAUCUUGCGGACACCCGUACCAGAUACUUGGGAUCUCGACCAGUUAAACUCUUCAGAAUUCGUAUGCAAGGAAGUCAAGCUGUUCUCGCAAUGAGCAGCAGAUCAUGGCUGAGUUACUACUACCAAAAUCGUUUCCAUUUAACUCCACUAUCUUACGAAAGCUUGGAAUUCGCAUCAGGUUUUAGUUCCGAACAAUGUCCUGAGGGUAUUGUUGCCAUAUCAACCAACACCUUGAGAAUUUUAGCGCUUGAGAAAUUAGGCGCCGUAUUUAAUCAAGUAAGCUUUCCACUUGAAUACACACCAAGAAAGUUCGCGAUACAUACAGACUCGGCGAAUCUUAUAAUUAUUGAGACUGAACACAAUGCGUAUACUGAAGAAACUAAACAACAGAGAAGGCUACAAAUGGCUGAGGAGAUGCAGGAAGCUGCUGGCGCUGAAGAAGCAACAGUGGCACGUGAGCUUGCUGAAGCAUUCUUGUCUGAGGAGCCUAAUGAAGCUGUCUUCGGUGCUCCGAGAGCUGGCCCGGGGCUCUGGGCUUCUCUCAUUAAAAUAAUGGUCCCGACGACGGGUCAGGUUUUCCAAACUCACCGACUUGAACAGAAUUACGCUGCUCUCUGUUUGGCGCUCGUUAAAUUUUCAAAUCAGGGAGAUCAGCUUUUCCUCAUCGUCGGCGUCGCCAAAGACUACCAGCUUAAUCCGCGAGUUAGCAGCGGGGGAUUCUUAUACACUUACAAAGUAAAUGCUGAUGGCACAAGUAUCGAAUUGCUUCAUAAAUCAUCAGUAGAUGAAAUUCCACUGGCAAUAUGUUCAUACCAGGGGCGUGUUCUGGUUGGUGUUGGAAAAAUGUUGAGAUUGUAUGACAUGGGAAAGAAAAAAUUACUGAGAAAGUGUGAAAACAAACACAUUCCAAAUGCGAUAGUAUCGAUUAAUGCCGUAGGACAACGUAUUUAUGUAAGCGAUGUGCAGGAGUCAGUUUAUGCUGUGAGAUAUAAACGUCAAGAGAAUCAGUUAAUCGUGUUUGCUGAUGACACACAUCCACGGUGGAUUACUACAACAUGCGUAUUGGACUAUGACACUGUUGCGACAGCUGAUAAAUUUGGGAAUAUCGCGGUUGUAAGGCUUGCCAGUGGCAUCAAUGACGACGUUGAUGAAGAUCCAACUGGAAACAAAGCUCUGUGGGACAGAGGUUUGCUAAACGGAGCGAGUCAAAAGGCUGACACUGUCGCCUCUUUCCACGUCGGCGAAACGGUAAUGUCACUACAAAAAGCUACACUAAUUCCUGGAGGAUCCGAGAGUUUAGUUUACACGACUCUGAGUGGUACCGUCGGUGUGCUCGUGCCAUUCACCAGCCACGAAGACCACGACUUUUUCCAACAUCUUGAAAUGCAUAUGAGAUCAGAACACCCGCCGCUUUGCGGUCGUGACCACUUGUCCUUUAGAUCUUAUUAUUACCCGGUUAAAAAUGUCAUCGACGGUGACCUCUGCGAGCAAUUCAAUUCAAUAGAGUCUACAAAGCAAAAAAGUAUUGCCGGUGAUUUAGAGAGAACUGCGUCUGAAGUAUCGAAAAAGUUGGAGGACAUUCGUACACGUUACGCAUUUUAAUUUUUUAAAAAUUAUUAUCAUUAUUUUCAUCUGGCAAUUCACGUUUAUUUAACGUCUUUACAUUUGUACUCUACGGAAAUUUAAUUAUCUACCUGAAAGGUAGAUACUAAAUUAAAAGAACAAUAUUUAAAAACGUACCUAAGAAAAUAUGACUCGUCGUAUUUUAUUUUUUGUAAAUAUAUAUAUCUAAAUUAAAUCACUUAAUUUCAUAGUUUUAUCUUCACUCGAUUCAUUUACUCGGCAAUUAAUUUAGGAUAGUAUGUAACUUGUAUAAAAUAAUUUUCAUAGCUUUCAAAUAUUUAUUAUGAUGAUGACUUGUAACGAGUGAAUAAAAACAAAAAAAA